AUGGCCCCAGGGGGACCCGCGUUGUUGCUGCUGCUGCUUCUGUUGUUGCCGCCGCCGCCGCUGCCCGGGCUCCCGCCCCGCGCCGCUGGCUGCCCUGUCGCCUGCCGCUGCUACAGCGCGACGGUGGAGUGUGGCGCCCUGCGGCUGCGAGUCGUUCCGCUGGGAAUCCCGCCAGGGACGCAGACGCUGUUCCUGCAGGACAACAACAUCACGCGCCUGGAGCCGGGAGCCCUGGCGCCGCUCGCCGCUCUGCGCCGGCUCUACCUACACAACAAUAGCCUGCGCGCCCUGGAGGCCGGCGCCUUCCGCGCGCAGCCGCGCCUGCUCGAGCUGGCCCUCACCAGCAACCGGUUACGCGGCUUGCGCAGCGGCGCCUUCGCAGGCCUGGCCCAGCUGCGCGUGCUCUACCUGGCAGGCAACCAGCUAGCGCGGCUACUGGAUUUCACCUUCCUGCACCUGCCGCGACUGCAGGAGCUUCACCUGCAAGAAAACAGCAUUGAGCUGCUGGAGGACCAGGCUCUAGCGGGGCUGUCCUCCCUAGCACUGCUGGACCUCAGCAGGAACCAGCUGGGCACCAUCAGCCGAGAGGCCCUGCAGCCCCUGGCCAGUCUGCAAGUCCUGCGCCUCACAGAGAACCCCUGGCGUUGUGACUGCGCCCUGCACUGGCUGGGUGCUUGGAUCAAGGAGGGUGGCCAGCGGUUGCUCAGCUCCAGGGACAGGAAGAUCAUGUGUGCAGAGCCCCCUCGCCUGGCGCUCCAGAGUCUCCUGGAUAUAUCCCACAGCAGCCUCAUCUGCAUUCCGCCCUCUGUGCACGUGCAGCCGCUGGAGCUCACAGCUAACCUGGGUGAGGACCUGCGGGUUGCCUGCCAAGCCUCCGGCUACCCGCAGCCCUUGGUGACCUGGAGAAAGGUGCACCAGCCACGUGAGGGCCGGCCACGAGCCCAGGCCCAGCUAGAAGGCGGGGCGCCGGUGCUGGGUGGGCACUCGGCAUCCGACACGGGCAGCGGCAUGCUCUUCCUCAGCAACAUCACGCUGGCGCACGCUGGCAAAUACGAGUGCGAGGCUUCCAACGCCGGCGGCGCCGCCCGCGUGCCCUUCCGGCUCCUGGUCAACGCGUCCCGGCAGCAGCCCGUGCGAUCACCGCCCCCGGCCGCCCCACCCGCCGGCCGAGAGCCUCGGCCCAUGGCGGGCAGCAUGGCCUUCCGCGCCCUGGGCCUGGCUACGCAGACGGCCAUCGCGGCGGCCAUCGCGCUGCUGGCGCUCACGGCGGUGCUCCUAGCCGCCAUGAUUUGUCGCCGGCGCCGCAGGCGGAAAAAGGCGCGGGCGCCGCCAGGGGAGGGCGCGCUGUUCGUUAACGACUACUUGGACGGCCCCUGCACGUUCGCGCAGCUCGAGGAGCUCCGCGACGAGCGCGGCCACGAGAUGUUCGUCAUCAACCGUUCCAAGCCCCUCUUCGCCGAGGGUCCGGCGGAGGGUCCGGCGGACUGCGAGCAGGCGGAAGGGGCAACCCCGGGGCUCCGCGUGCCCCCGCCGGUUGCCUACGAGAUCCACUGCUAGGUCCGCGGACGCGCGCGGAUGACGUGGGCGCCGGGGAUUGGCCGGCGCUGCCUCGCGCAUGCUCCGUCAGUAAAGGUGGAAGCCGCGCACUGUACGCCGAGCCGUGUGUGGGGCGCGGGGCGCCACGCCGGGAAGCGUUGCACUUGGGAAUCCUGGGGUAGCAAUGGAAGGUGGCCAGGUAGGCCCCAACACCUCACUUGAAGCUCUUCCGAAAAGACAUCACCCCCAACCUCCGGUACUGCAAGAGGCAGUUCACCAGCCCUGACCGACCACAGUAAGAUCUUGGGCCUCCAAAAGGUGGGAAGAGCAAGGACUGGCAGGCAGUGCCGAUGGCGCUGCCCUGCAUAGGGCAGAACAACAGGCCAGAGGCAGUUGUUGCCCAGUGGCCAUGCUGGGGGUGACAGCAGACAUAAGGAUAAGGGUGACCAACUUGGACAUUAAAAAAACAGCCACAAAUUAAAGUUCCAGGCACA